AUGGCUGGAGAGCGUGCUGCAGAUGACCUUGACGACCCUGGCGUGCUGGACGGACUCGAAGACUCGGUGUACCCCUUCGCGGAGGCCGACGACGACACUGGGGAAGCGAAGCAAUCCCAGAAUUACAUCCACAUCCGCAUCCAGCAGCGCAAUGGUCGUAAGACUCUGACCACCGUCCAAGGCCUUCCGAAGAAAUUCGACCAGAAGAAGAUCCUCAAGGUCAUCAAGAAGAAAUUCGCCUGCAAUGGCACGAUCGUCACGGACAGUGAGAUGGGCGAGGUGAUCCAGCUUCAAGGGGAUCAGCGCAAAGAUGUUCAAGAAUUCUUGGUCGCCAAGGACGGCCUCGAGCUCGAUGCAAAGACUAUCAAGGUCCACGGUUUCUAA